AUCACGUAUUAUCUGAUAUUUGGUCUCCUGAAUACAUAAAACGAAUAACACUGCGACGAUGUCAACAACCAACAAACAAAUGACUGAGAAAAAGAAAUUGAAAAAGAUGAGCAAGGAGCAGAUGCAGCUGGCUAUAAUAAAAAAGAAACAGUGCGAUGCGAAAGCUCUUACGAUAGUUAUGCAGCUUCUGGAAUCGCAUGUGGAUCCUGACUGGCUCCUGCAAAAUCUAGGAUUCAUAAGUAAGAACCAUAUGGAAGAUGUGAUAGAGGAGAGAGCAAUAGUAAAGCUAUGUGGAUAUGUUCUCUGUUCAAAUCAGUUGACUGUCAUUAUCCGGCAACAGUAUCACAUAUCAAUACGUAAGAAUAAAGUGUAUGAUGUCAGCAAACGGAAAAACUUCUGCAGUUCGUUGUGCUACGGGGCGGCUAAUUUUCUUCUUGAACAAAUGCUCGAGAGUCCCCUCUGGUUAAGAGAGAAAGAGGAUAUACCAGUCUUUCAAAUUUUACCUGUCAAUUCUAAGUCUACGUGUGGAGAGGAAAUUGACGUUGUUGGAAUUAACUUCUCACAAAAUAAAGAUGUAGACAAUAAUGACGACAUUAGAAGAUCUACAGAACAUACUGAUGAGUCAAUCAAGCAGACAGAAAAUGAUACAAGUAAUGUAUCAAGUCCUGAGAAACAAACUAUAUGUAAUUCCUAUUUGUUAAAGAAUGUAGCAAUCAUGAAAGAUGGUAAACUGGAAGAGACUUCAGUACAUACUAAUAAUGUACAAAAAUCGUUUAAUUAUGAAACAUGUUCAUCGGAACUGCACAUGAAUCAAGAAAGCGAAAAUUGUGAUUCUGAUAAAUUUACAAAUUGUGAAAGUAAUUAUGAUAACAAUAAUAUCCAACAAGUAGAUGUAAAUCUAGAGAAUUUAGAAAUAGAAAUUGCUGGCCAAUCUGGGAAUAUUUUACAUUUGCAUAAACACAACAGGGAUACAGAAAAUAAAACUAAUGUAGAUAUAUUUUAUAAUGAAAUAUUGCAGUCUCAAUUGGAUGAAGUAAGUUACAAUGAAAAUGACAUUAGUGAAAAGUUACAGCCUCAAACGUCUCAAUCAGUCGAAAUAAGUAACAAGAAUGAUGAAAAUGAAACGAAAUUAGAACCUCAGAUAGAUGAAGUAAAUAAUAGUCUUACUGAUAAAAAAAUGAAACAAUCCCAAUUUAAUAAAAUGUAUAAGAGUAAUACCGUUAUUUCUUCUGCAUCUACAUGUGAUGAAUAUAGGAAAAUAGGAGAGACAAGUAGAAUUAAUAAAAGUAAAAGGUACAGACUGAAAAAAACUGAUAAUGCAGAAGUACAAAAUAAUAUUUAUCUCCAAGUUGCAAUUCAUGUUGAACAGAGUAUUAAAGAAUGGAUUACAAAAAAUACCCUUUGCCUUUUAAUGGGCGAGGAGAAUGAAAGAAAUCAGUUAUUAGAAAAAUUUACACAGUAUGAUAAGUAUCAACAGUUGUGUAAAAAGUUAAACAAGUUGCAAAUGGAAGAUGAAAAUGAAGAGCGUGAUUUGAAGAAAAACGAGCUUAAACCUUUACCCCACUUCUCCGUGCUCCAAGAGGAUGGAAAGAAAAUGGAUCUAAAGGUGCGUGCGUUUUACCAAGGUCAAAUGAAAAUUGCACCAUCUGAUAGUAAUGAAGAAUCAGAAAGUAAAGAUAAUGUUGAACCUAUAUUACCAUUAACAGACGCUUACACGCCUAAUGCACUUCGUCACCGAAUUUUCUUGGACAAUCUUAAUAAAAUAUUGCCAGAUUUGAUGUGCGCUUUAACAACCAAUGCUAAUAUUUCUUCAUUGGCACAAUGUACUUAUAAUAACGAAAAAUACUCACUAAUCAAGAUUUUGACAAGUACUUUUAAUUUAUCUGCUAGAAAUAUUGUCUUUAAAACCGCUGAAUGGACACUUGUGGGACUCAUCAUCAUUAAAAUGUUGAGCUUGAUUGAUACACAAUUGCAAUUGUUGCUCCGAUCUAAGCAAGCUUCGAUGUACACGUCUAUGAUUCUGACAACAUACAAAUUAGAUUCUAAUUAUUUAGAUAGACUUAUAAUGGAAAUAACAAACAAUGUAGAUGUAUCUAAAUCAAAUGAUAAACAAUGCUAA